CAUUGGUUUCUUCUCGCCUUAGACCAGAGAAAAAAAGUGAAGCGAAGGGCUAGGAAGGUUCUGCAAUGGCGGAAAACAAACAAAUCCCUCCACAGUUCAACCUAGAUGCCAAAUGGGAUUCGUGCCUUGAUCUCACGCUUCGUCGGGUAGUUUACUCGUCCUUGGCUGGUGCUCUGAGCGGUCUCCUUCUCUUCAGGAGUCCUGUGACACGAUGGGCAUCUGUAGCGCUUGGUGCUGGUGUGGGUAUUGGUUCGGCAUACACCGAGUGUUCUUACAUAUUUGAUGCGCCUCCCCCAAAGUUCACUUCUCCAAAACAUUCACAAUCUUCUGCUUCUCAGGGUAAGCAGGACUGAGGUUGGAGACUGUUCCAGGGACCCUGAAACUUUGAGUAUUUUUUUUCCCUGAAAUUUUUAUCAAAAUUUGUUGAGUUUGGAAGAUUUAGUUCUCUACUCCUGUGUUUGCUUUUAGCCAUACUACCAAAGGUUACCUGAAAGGAUUAACAUUUUAUUGGAUAUGCCUUCAAAUAUGAUGCCAACUCGGUAGCUUUUUAGUUUUGGAA